AGAUAUGUCUUAAACACAUACACAUGCACCUAUCACGGCAAGAUUAGUGGUGUAGUGGAGAAAAUUAAAAAAAAAAGGAAUGUGUGACGAAUGCGAUUUGUCAAAAAAGAAAAUUAAAAAAAAGAAUCGAUUUUUGGCGUUCUCCAUCUGUAAUGUAAUGUUUCUGCAAAAACAAGUGACAAUAAAAACUUUUUCAUGGAUCUGAGAUUUUCUCCAAAUCUAUAUUUGUGAUUGUUUCGUGUAGUUUUUCUCUUAAAGUUGUGUUCUUUAAGCUCUCUCGUGCUCAAUCUUACGUUUCCCUUUGGUUUGAUUUCGUGUUUUUGUUAUUCGAUUUCACCUUUAACUUUUAUCUAAUCUCUUGUUUUUGAUUUUGUAAAUUGUAAAAAGUUUCUGGUGAUUCUCUUAGCGAAUUUGGGAAACUUUAUCUGUAUUUUUCUGUUUCGCCGUAGAUUUAGGAUCCUUAAUUAAUGAAUUUGUGGGUUUCAAUAUUCCUCGUCUCUGCAAUAGCUGGAUCAUGCUUACCUUCUGGGUUUGCUUACGUUGACGUUUGCAAUCACGAAUUCGAGGUGUUCCGAUCCGUGAUCGAGCAAAAAUGUCCUCGUUCUUUGUAUCCAAGCCCUCCUAUCGAGGUACGUCAUCAUUGUUAUAGCAAAACGAAUAUUUUUAUCUUCGAUUGGAUUAGGCAUGCGUUUGGUGUGCCUUUAAAGUGGAAGAAUUUGCUUAAAUAUCAUCUCUUGAAAAUUCAGAUGAUAACUCUUCCAUAAUGUGAUUUGUAAGGAUCGAUUCGAGCCCUCUUUUGCUUAUUUGGCAUGAUAUCACUUUAGAGUGUUGUGGUCGUGACAACAAGUCUCUUUUUUUCAGCUUUUGGUUGUGGUUUUCACUAUGCAAAGCUUAAUGAGAACGGUAUAGGCUUGUAGCUUAACUUCACUGAUGUUUUACCUUUGCUCCAAUGUUUCUUGAGGUCUCAGAGGUUUUUUGAACGUGGUAGUAGUUUACCUGCAGUUAGAAUUUUGAGGAAUGUUCAAUGGAUAUAGAGUCCCUUACUGUAAAAAGAAAGCUGGUGGUAAUAUGUUUGUUUCCAGUCAAUAUAUUAGUUUAUGAUGAAAUAAUCUACUUAAAUGGUUGGAUUGUUUUGGUUGGAAAAGUGUAUAACUAAUGAUGUAUUUGUCACGAUCAUGCUUGUUUCUCCGAUAUGUGGGAUCUCUCUUUUCUACUUAAGUUCUGCAAUGAAUUCCUUUUAUUUGUGUCAACAGUGGUAAGCUACCAACAGAAUCUCAUCAUGUCACCUGCAAUGUAUUAGCUUCAAUUUCUAAUGUUGAAAUGCAGCAAAGAUGUUAUUGCAAAGAAAUUAAAUAUGUGUGGGUGCUUCUAUAUAGGGUGCCUGUUUUUGUAACUCAAGUAUCUUAAUUUGUGUUCUUGUUAAUGUAGGUAGAUGGAGACUUGCUAGACAAACUCAUGGAUGCAAACCAUGGAAAUGCCUAUAUAUCCAUACUAUUUUAUACCUCACGGUGCCCGUUUUCACGUGCAGUACGCCCAAAGUUUGAUGUUCUGAGUUCAAUGUUUCCUCACAUAACGCACCUGAUUGUUGAGCAAUCUCAGGCUUUACCAUCUGUGUUUUCUAGGUAUGGUAUCCAUAGCUUGCCUUCAAUCCUGAUGGUGAAUCAAACAAUGAAGAUGCGAUACCAUGGUCCAAAGGAUCUUGCAUCCCUGAUUCAGUUUUACAAGGAAACAACAGGUCUUAAACCUGUCCAGUAUAUGGAUGAAGGUGAACCAACAAGCUUGGACACUGAUGGAAACCUGAUCACAUGGCUACACAACGGGUCAUCUAUCAGAGAAAUAGCAGAAAGAGAGCCAUAUAUGGUACUUGCACUAAUGUUUCUGUCUUUGAAACUGGCAAUUUUGAUCUUCCCCAUCAUGGGAUCACGGUUGAAAACGUUAUGGGCAUUGUAUGUUCCGCAUCUGAGCUUGGGAAUACUUGGUGAGACUAGCCAACUGUUUGGCCGUGCCCUACACAUGAUCGAUGUGAGGAGACUAUGGAUAAAACUGAGACUCACCAAAACAAGGAACUUCCAAGAAAGAGCAAAGAACGCACUUGCAUCAGUCUCACUAGGAAAAUCUUCAUCACAAUCAGCCUAAAAGGGUGAUUUAGAAAUCCUUCACUGUCAAUGAGCUUAGUUUAGAUUACUUUACUUUACUGUCUGUGAGAGAUCCUUUGACUGACAUGUUUCUAUACCUUUGGAGUUCCACUGUCUCUGUAUGUAAAUCCUGUUUUGCUUCUUUUGUGAAUAUUUUUUCUUCUUCUUUUGAAUAUUCAUGUUCUUGGUCCACUUCGUUGUGCUUACGUUUUGUCUAUAUUGAUUAUGGAUGGUUUGGUUU